CUCACCUUUCUCUUCAAGCUCUCACAUUCCUCAAUUCUUUCUUCUUGUCGGUUGAGAUUUCGGGAGAUUUUUCACUUGGGUUUCGUCCAAAGAAGGGAAAAGUGAGGAGCCAUGUUUCUGGUGGACUGGUUCUAUGGAGCUCUGGCGUCUCUGGGUUUGUAUCAGAAGGAAGCGAAGGUCUUGUUCUUGGGGCUGGAUAACUCAGGGAAGACCACCCUGCUUCACAUGUUGAAGGACGAGAGUUUGGCUCAGCACCAACCCACCCAGUUCCCGACUUCAGAGGAACUGAGUAUAGGGAGGAUAAAGUUCAAAGCUUUCGACUUGGGUGGUCACAAGAUCGCUCGUAGAGUCUGGCGGGACUACUACGCUAAGGUCGAUGCAGUGGUGUACCCAGUCGACGCUUGUGACAAGGAUAGAUUCGCCGAGUCGAAGGAAGAGCUGGACGCUCUCCUCACAGACGAGUCACUGGCGAAGGUCCCGUUCCUCGUCCUGGGAAACAAGAUCGACAUCCCUUGCGCCGCGUCAGAGGACGAACUGCGGUACUACAUUGGCCUCACCAACUUCACCACCGGGAAGGGCAAUGUCGACCUCACCGGCACCAACAUCCGCCCUCUCGAGGUCUUCAUGUGCAGCAUCGUGCGCAAGAUGGGCUACGGCGAGGGCUUCAGGUGGCUCUCUCAGUACAUCAAAUGAGCAUUUCUCUUCCUGGGGUGUGUUUUGUUGCUGUAAGUGGCUGAACUGGCGUCGGGUUUAUGCGCUCGCGUCUAUAUAGAUGCAUAUAAACUAGUGUUAAGCAACCGUAGAAGUUCAUUUAGCUUUUGAUAGUAAGCAGUUUGCUUUGCGUCUAUGAAUUUUGCUCAAUUUUUGGUGUCAAAAGCAAUAAACUUGAGAAGUAGGUCUCGGAUUUCAUUCACGCAUCUGUUUUUCGACUGGUGUCCUUAAUACGUCUUUACAUUCUUUCAUUCACGUUAUUAAAUGUUCUGGAUUCGCAUGUUUAAUGCUUUUACCAACCUACUUGUGAGAAAAAAAAAUGUUGAAAUGUUGAGGCUCGAUUUGUUCGAUCAACUUUUGGUUGUUAUCGACAAAUAUUUAGACUUAGUCGAUGGAGUAGAGUGUGGUCAAUAAUGAACGGAACAAUUGACAAUUUGAAGGGAAUCGACAACUUGCUAAGGAAGUAAUAAAGUUAUCAACGAAAGCCUUCAUCAAAAUU